GUGUGGCUUGACGCCGGUGUUGAAUGCUCUGUAGUCUGUCGUACCGAAGAAAGCGAAGCGCUGGAUUCAAGUGAGAAACCCGGUUCAGCGAGACACUCAGUUCCUGCAGACUUGCAGGGAUGGGUCGUGGUCUGGAUGGCUGACGGACAGCGACUGGGACCAAUCACAUGAUAAGAUGCUGGCUCGUAACCGCUUCCUGCUGCUGGUGGUGGUGGGCGGGGCCGCGCUAGCCAUCAUCAGCCUGAGCCUCCAGUUCUUGAACCUGAUCCCCAUCACUCCCAUAGUGGAAGAGCGACCCUUCCAGGCUGCUGAUGGAGGUGUUGGAGGGGCUCUGGGGAAGAGCAGAAAGAGAGUGUUCCCCGUGCCUCACACCCAGGAACCCAACCCCAUAUCUGAGGCUUAUGGCUACUGCAACACUCCCAACCGUACCGAACAAGCCUGGGAGGGUCACAGUCCUGCUGACUACAAGCUGCUGUCUGUCCAAGUGAUGAUUCGCCAUGGUGACCGGUAUCCACUCUACUACAUCCCCAAGACUAAACGCCCCGCCAUCGACUGCACCUUGUCCAUCAGCAGGAAGCCUUCGCACCCCCUGCUGAACUCCUUCAUUAGUCACAUGGGCCUGGGAGGGCGUGGCCAUUGGGAGUCACCACUUACCUCUGUUCCCCGUUUGCCCAACCACAGCACCUGUGAGAUGGGAGAACUCACGCAGACAGGUAUAGUGCAGCACCUGCACAACGGGCAGCACCUUCACCAAGCCUACAAGCGUCACAAUCUCCUCCCCUCCAACUGGUCGCCCCGCCAGGUGUGGGUUGAGACAACCGGUAAGAGUCGCACUCUCCAGAGUGGACUGGCCUUACUCUACGGCUUCCUCCCAGACUUUGAUUGGACGAAACUGACCGUGCGGCACCAGUGGAGUACGUUGUUCUGCGGCUCAGCCUGCGACUGCCCCGCCAGGAACAAAUACCUUGAGGAAGAGCAGAGGAGGCAGUAUCGGCUCAGAGUGAGUGAUACCGAACUUGAGAGGACUUAUGCCGAUAUGGCACGGACUUUGGGUCUGCUCACCCGCCAGCUUCGAGCUGCAAACCCUAUAGAUUCCUUGUUGUGCCACCUGUGCCACGGGAUUUCUUUCCCAUGCGUUCCCAUGGGAGAGAGUAGCACCGGUGGAUGUCUGACAAUGGCACAGUUUGCUGUGAUUCGUCGACAGCAGCUAGAUGAUGAGGUGGAUCGAAGAAGAGCCGGGCUGUACCAUAAAUACGCCAUCCUGGCCAUGUACCCCUACCUCAACCGAACUGCCACCAAGAUGGAGCGUGUUGCCAAGGACGGCGAGGGUGGCCGACAGCCCCGUGCAGGGGGCGAGGAGAUCUUCACCCUCUCUUCAGCCCACGACGUUACCAUGGCCCCGUUGCUGAGCGCCCUGGGACUGGAGGAGGCCCGCUUUCCACGUUUUGCAGCAAGAGUAGUCUUUGAACUGUGGAAGAGUCCCCCAGCGAUGCAAGGACUCCAGAAGAAGAGAGCUGGCAAAGGUGAGAAGUCAAAGGCGAAAGAUGGGGAACUGUUCAUCAGGGUGCUGUACAAUGGUGAAGAUGUGACAUUUCACACCACCUUCUGUCGCUCCCACGACCGCCACGGCAGCCGGCCCCUCUGCCCUCUGAAGAACUUCCUGUCAUUUGUCAGGAGAGACAUGUUCACUGUUGUCAAUGCUACUUCCUACCAGGAGGCCUGCUACAGGCGCGCCGGUUGACAGGUGGACAGAUGGAAAGGAGGGUGAAUGAGUAAGGAUACAGAGUUGACAGAUGGUUAUACUGUCCUUUGCUUUGUGUUUAGUUUUCCACUUUUGAAGAUGGUGCACUUUUAUGCUGCUCAUAGUGUCUUACAAAUUCCGCAUCGUUUUAAAUGUAGUCUUCGACACUCCUGAGCACAAAGUGAGUGGCAUACACACAGUACUGUAAGUUUCUAACAUUUAUAAAAUUCCUUUUUUUUAUGUAUGUUUUCUUAUCAACGUUCAAGUCAUUCGAGGGAAGUUGUAUGGCACGUAGCCACUUUAUUCCUACAUUCCAUAAUACCAUGGAAUUGUAAAUUCCAGUAUUGAAGCUGGAAACACUUUUCUGGAUUAAUCAUUCCUGGAAAAUAUUUUGUGUGUAAUAAGUCUUCAAUAAAAAAUACACUUUGGGUUAGUUUGACAUUGGUAUUCAUUGUAGCAGGCUGUCUGUUUAAUGGUAGGGAUUAUUUCAACUUUGACUACUUUUUUUUCCUCCUUUUUUUUGUAAAAUCGACAGCGGUACUUUGAAAGUGACAAGUGAUAGAUGUAUUCCCCUUACAUGAAUUUAUAACUACAAUACAUCUGUAUUUAGAUUAAUUGGUGAUAUAACCAACCACAUUCCACUCAUUGUUUUUGCCUGUAGGAAACUGGAUCUAAUAAAGGUUCAUUAUGAGCAGA